AGCAGCCUCUUCACCUGCGGCACCAGCACCAGGCUCGUAAGAUUUGCUUUCCUCUGCACUGAUCUCACCAUGCUCUGACCAUACUGAAGAAACAUCUACCCUGUCUGACUUGUCUGUGUGGCCUGUCCCGUGUAGCUCCGGAGCCUAGAGCAGAGCAACAUGGGAGGAGUGGCACUGGAUGUGGGGGGCCCAGCUGUGAAGGCCCCUGAUGGAGGCUGGGGCUGGGCCGUGUUGCUGGGGUGCUUCGUCAUCACGGGCUUCUCAUACGCCUUCCCCAAAGCCGUCAGUGUAUUCUUCAAGGAGCUGAUCCGUGAGUUUGGUGUGGGCUACAGCGACACAGCCUGGAUCUCCUCCAUCCUGCUGGCCAUGCUGUACGGCACAGGCCCUCUCUGCAGUGUCCUGGUGAACCGCUUUGGCUGCCGACCCGUCAUGAUGGUGGGCGGCCUCUUUGCGUCCAUGGGCAUGAUCCUGGCCUCGUUCGCCACCAGUAUUCUCCAUAUAUACCUGUGCACCGGGGUCAUCACAGGUCUGGGUCUGGCCCUGAACUUCCAGCCCUCCCUGAUCAUGCUGAACCGUUACUUUAACGAGAAGCGCCCCCUGGCUAACGGUCUGUCUGCGGCAGGGAGUCCUGUGGCCCUGUGCUGCCUCUCCCCUCUGGGACAAGUGCUGCAGUACCAAUAUGGCUGGAGGGGAGGCUUUCUCAUCCUUGGGGGGCUCCUGCUAAACUGCUGUGUGUGUGCAGCCGUCAUGAGGCCCCUGCUUCCCCCUAAGAGCCAGCAGAGGGACACCGAGGCCCCCGGAGUGGGAGAGGGUGCUGACAAGAAGAAAAAGCCCAAACCCAAGUUGCUGGACUUCACCGUGUUCAAAGACUGUGGCUUUGUCAUCUACACCGUGGCUGCCUCCAUUAUGGUGCUGGGGCUCUUUGUACCUCCGGUCUUUGUGGUGAGCUAUGCUAAAGAAUUGGGCUAUGAGGACACCAAGUCCGCCCUGCUGCUCACCAUCCUGGGCUUCGUUGACAUGUUCGCACGGCCCACUUGUGGGGUCAUUGCUGGGCUCAAGUGGGUGCGCCCACGCUGUGUCUACCUCUUCAGCUUCGCCAUGAUCUUCAACGGGGUCACAGACCUCGUCGGAUCACAGGCAUCGGACUAUUCAACCCUGGUGGUCUUCUGUAUCUUCUUCGGGAUCUCCUAUGGGAUGGUGGGCGCACUGCAGUUCGAGGUGCUCAUGGCCAUCGUAGGCACUGAGAAGUUCUCCAGCGCCAUUGGCUUAGUACUUCUCAUGGAGGCCAUCGCUGUGCUCAUCGGGCCCCCUGGUGCAGCUGCAGAAACCAUGCCCAAGCUGCAGGGCUUUGAAUUCUGGCGUCAGACGCUGAAGGAAGCACGCUUUGUGGUGGCUCCCAUGGUGGACCAGAGCGAGCUGGCCUGGCGCCUGCUGAGCCGCAGACAUGGGGCCCAGCUCUGCUACACCCCCAUGUUCCACGCCCAGGUGUUUGUGCGUGACGCCAACUACAGGAGGGAAAACCUGUACAAUGAGGUGUGCACAGAGGACCGGCCGCUCAUCACACAGUUCUGUGCCAAUGACCCAGAGGUGUUUGUCCAGGCAGCUCUGCUGGCUCAGGACUACUGCGAUGCCAUUGACCUUAACCUGGGCUGUCCUCAGAUGAUUGCGAAGAGAGGUCACUAUGGGGUUUUCCUGCAGGAUGAGUGGGAACUGCUGGAGAAAAUGGUGAAGUUGGCCCAUGAGAAGCUGUCUGUGCCCGUGACUUGUAAGAUCCGAGUGUUCGAGGACAUGGAGAAGACUGUCCGAUAUGCACAGAUGCUGGAAAAGGCCGGAUGUCAGCUGCUUACGGUGCAUGGUAGAACCAAAGACCAGAAAGGAGCUUUUACAGGCAUCGCCAGCUGGGAGCACAUCAAGGCUGUGCGGCAGGCAGUGAAGAUCCCUGUGUUUGCCAAUGGGAACAUCCAGCACCUGAGCGACGUGGAACGCUGCAUCCAGGAGACCGGAGUGCAGGGGGUCAUGAGUGCAGAGGGAAACCUGCAUAACCCAGCCCUGUUCGAGGGCCGUAGCCCCCCUGUGUGGGAGAUGGCUGAGGAAUAUCUGGAGGUGGUGAGAGAGCACCCACCCUGCACCCUGUCCUUCAUCAGAGCUCACCUGUUCAAGCUCUGGCACCACACGCUGCAGAUCCACCAGGACCUGAGGGAGGAGCUGGCCAAAGUCAAGACUGUGGAGGGACUGGCUGAAGUCAGCCACCAGCUCAAACUCAGGUGUCAGGAGGAGAUUUCUCGCUGUGCUGGAGCAGAGGAGUGGGACAGAGAUUUGCCUUUCCCGCACUGGAUCUGUCAGCCCUACGUACGACCACCGCCCAAGGACCCAGUGAUGAAUGGGAACAGCCAGCCCGCAGAUGUGAAGAAGCCCACCUGCCACAAGAGGGCGCUGGAGGAUGACCCGGACUCUAACCCUGAAGGUCUGUCCAAAAACAAGCAGAAGAAGAGGUCCAGGAACCCCCACAAGAACUUUUGCCCCGAGCAAAAACCAAAGUACAUCAAGUGUGAGCAGUGUGGAAACCCAAAGGGAAAUAAAUGUGUUUUCAACCUGUGUCGCGGCUGCUGUAAGAAGAAGGCCUUCAAAGAGGUGGCAGACUGCCCAAGUCACGGGCUGAAGUUCAAGACCAAAGCAGAUAAGCGCAAACAGGAGGAAGAGGAGGAGGAGCAGAAGGAGGAGGAUAAGGAGAAAGAGAGGAACCAGAGGGGCCAAAAGCGCAAGAGUGGGACAGAACAUGAGAGGAAAAGCACAGUGCCUCCUUCAGUCCAGGGCUCACCACCACACAUGCUCCCAAAUGGACAAACAAACCUGUGAACUGCUGUGAUGCACAAAAUUCUAUAUCUACAGUGGUUAAAAUAACUACAAUAAGGAACAUCCGGCACCCCAUCGGAAACAUACUGCUUUAGAUGAUUCUAAACCAAGAGUCUAACUCAUAAAUGUAGAACUGGAGCUGCUUAAAAACUAAGCUUAAAAGAGGUCUCAGACAGCUCUUAACUAGGUCUAAAACUGCACUUAAACAAGUCUUAACAACAAAUUAAGUG